AUGGGGCAGGCACCCCCGCCGAUUUCGUUUCCCAGUUUUGGGGGCGAGAAUCCACAGCUUUGGAAGACGUUGGCGGAACAGUACUUUCAGAUGUUUGCGGUCCAGGAAUCAUACUGGGUUCCCAUGGCAAUUCUGAAUUUUACCGGCCCGACCGCCAUUUGGCUGCAGUCGGUGCAACGCAAGGUUGCGGAACUAACGCAUCCUUACUUCUUCUUGACUCGGUUCAUCGAGGGACUGCGGGCGGACAUACGGGCGGUGGUGCUCAUUCAGCGUCCGCCUGACCUCGACACGGCGUGUUCCCUGGCGCUGCUACAGGAGGAGGUAGCAGACGGGGAGAUGGUCAAGCACGCGGCGCCAGCGCGUUUUCCAGCACCGCGGUUUGUGACGACCAGUACUCCAGUGGCGCCUCCAAGCACUGCCCGUCCAUCCGCGCCUACAGCUAGCGCUGAAGAUCGACGGGGGACAGAAGCAGCGCGGGCAGGGACAGAGAACAACAAGAUCGCAGUCUUGCGCUCUUUCAGAAGAGCUCGCGGUCUCUGCUUCAAGUUUGGGGAGCGAUGGGGCAAAGAGCAUACAUGCCCUUCCACGGUUCAGAUGCAUGUGGUGGAGGAAUUGCUGGAAUUAUUUGCAACAGAAGAGACGCGAAGUGAGGUCGAUCAGGAUCAAUCAACCUUGGAUGAGGAUAAUCUCUGCACCAUCUCAAAGCAAGCAGUUGAUGGAUCAUCUGGGCCGGGAGUGAUGCAGUUGCACGCGUGGAUACAGGGCAAAGAGAUGUCACUCCUGGUGGAUUCUGGCAGUUCGUCGUCAUUUGUGGACCUGCAUAUGGCUGCUCAUUUAUCCGGGGUGUGCAAACUGCCGAAGGCCUGUCGCGUUAAGGUCGCAGACGGGUCAGUGUUACACUGUGACAGCUUUAUUCCCCAGAGCCAGUGGUCAACUCAGGGGCAUGAGUUUGUCACAGAUUUUAAGCUUCUGUCCCUGGGAGUCUAUGACGCAAUCCUAGGAAUGGAUUGGCUCAAGAAACACAGCCCGAUGCAAGUUGAUUGGGAAGCUCAGCACAUGACCGUGACCACGGAGCAAGGAGCAGUGGAUUUACAAGCAGUCACUAAACAACAACACCAGUGCUCUGCAAUUUCUUCUCAGGAACUCCUGUCUGCAUGUAAGCAGGGCUCUGUUGCCUAUGUUGUGCAUCGGAAUUCUGUCAGUGAAAGGGGAACGCAAGAGGAGAACAUUCCAGUAGAAAUUCUCAGAGUAUUGGAGCAGUACACGGAUGUGUUUGAAAAACCCAAAGGGCUCCCACCGCGACGCGCUUGCGAUCAUCGAAUCCCACUAAUGGAGGGCGCGCAACCAGUCAAUCAGCGCCCUUACAGACACAAGCCGAAGCUCAAGAAUGAGAUAGAGCGUCAGGUUAAAGAACUGCUGGAUGCAGGUAUCAUCAGAGAGAGUACCAGCCCGUUCUCCUCGCCAGCGUUACUUGUGAAGAAAAAGGACGGGACGUGGCGAUUAUGUGUGGAUUACAGAUGUUUGAAUGCAAUGACACUGGUCAGUAAAUACCCAGUACCAAUCAUUGAUGAAUUGGUUGGAGCACGUUUGUAA